AUGGCUCGCAGACUCGCCUCUGAUGCCAUCGAGCGAGACGAGUGUCACUGGCUCGCCUAUAUCCGAAAUCAAAUUCAUACCGGGAUGACAACACCAGUGGCUGCUAACCGUAUCGAAAGGAAUCUGGUGCUCAGAGUGGUCACCAAGAGGUGCGCUGUUCACUGGGGUAAAGCUGAACACAGAUACAGAGUCCGAGGCGAGUAUGGCUGUGGCAUUGGAUGGAUCACGGAGGAUCGUGCUCCUAUCUUCGAGAAUAUAUUAAGGAAUACAUCGGGGUACAGCUUAUUUUACUUUGUCACAGCGACUUCAGGCGGUAGUAACAUUUAUGGAAUACCUUGGACUGGACCACCAAGCACAUUGUUCUCCAGUGAUAACCAAACUGUAGCAAUAAGCUUGUUGCUCAGUGCAAUACAGCUUGCAGACGACCAGGCAUCGUCGAUAUCGAGUGAUGUUCCCACUUCGAGUGCUACCCCUAGCCCAAGUACGAGCACAUCCUCGCUGCUGCCGACAAGGAAGAGUUUGGCUGGAGCAAUAGCCGGUGGAAUUGUCGGUGGACUAGCAGUUCUUGCAGCUGUAACUUGUCAUCGAAGUAACAACAAGAACCAUUCUGUUGUGGACAACUUUUCCCCACAAAUGCUCACACUAUUCAUGGCCACAUCCAUUCCAGUUUCUUCUGAGAUAUCACGAGAGUCUCGUAUGAACCAGAAGAAACAUGCUAGACAUACCAGAAGGAUGGAUGUACGGAUCGAGUCGACAACUCCACCUCAUCCGCCAAAUCCACUGCACACAGAGAGUAGGGAGAAUAUGCCGACAGAGGAACUGGUGAGGUUGCUCAAUGAACGACUGCAGCCGGGUCGAUGGAAUGUCUCCGAGGAUGAGCUACCACCAGAGUAUCACGAAGGAUGGACUACGUAG